GUUUUGAUUCCCCGCGUGGGACGUGAUCGUAAGCUGAUGCAGUAGACAUGAUCAAACGAUUUAAGGAAAGAUAGGUUCGGUUUCUGUAGAGUAUCUGUAAAUCAGAGUCAGAGAACGGAUAACUUGACAAAAUACUCAACAUGUCUGGAGCCUCAGUUCAAGACAUAGCAGCGAUCGGAGAGGAAAGCGAGAAUCUCCAAGUCUGGAAAGAGAAAAAUGGCAUCAAGACAGAAAAACAGAUCCGGCUGGUGAAGCUCUCGCACAUGCGAUACCAACAUCCUGAUCUAGAUGAAAUCACCGUCUUUCUCAAAGACUUUGGGAUGGUCGUGGCCAAACAAACUGAAAAUGAAAUCUGGUAUCGAGGAUACGGAAAUGAUCAGUAUGUAUACUAUGCCCGCAAGGGAGAAAAGCAGUUUCUGGGAGGAGCGUUUGAGGUUGAAUCGUACCAGGACCUGGAGAAAGCCAAGCAACUGCCUAACGCCAGCGAGAUCCAAGAACUGACUGAUUCACCUGGAGGAGGUCAUCUGGUGACGGUGAUUGACCCUGAAGGCUUUCCAGUCAAUCUGCUGUUUGGCCAAACUCCUGCGGCUCCCGGUGUGUUUCCGGAGAAACUCACCGUAAACUAUGAAGUCAACAAGGAGCGGAAGCGUCGAUUUCAGCGAUUCACUCCUGGUCCAGCUGCUGUUCACAAACUUGGGCAUUUCGGCCUCUGCACCCAGAAAUUCGACGCUCUCCUCGAAUUCUAUACGACAAAUUUCAACCUCGCCCCAACGGACUUCCUCUAUGUUGAAAAAGAAGGCCAAAAGAAGAAUGUCGCCAUAUUUGCCCACAUCGACCGUGGCGAUGAAUACGUCGACCACCAUACCUUCUUUAUGUCCGAGAAUCCUUCGAGCCAUGUGCAUCACUGCUCAUUUGAAGUCCACGAUUUCGAUACACAGAAGCUGGGCCAUCAGUGGCUGACAGACAAAGGGUACAAGCCUGUUUGGGGCGUUGGCCGGCAUAUCCUGGGAUCGCAGCUCUUUGAUUACUGGUGGGAUACCACGGGAAACAUGAUUGAGCAUUAUGCAGAUGGCGAUCUGGUGAAUGAGGAGACGCCUAUAGGAUAUGGACCUGCUGGCCCAGACUCACUUGCCAUAUGGGGACCUGUGGUGCCUGGUUCCUUUUUGGAUUGAUCUAUUCUUUGGCUGGUACUAUAUCGUGAUGCUUUAGUUUGUUGAAUCAACGGUUCAUUAUAUUGCAAAGACACUGUAGCUUCU